AUGCUUUCCCGCCAGAUCCUCAACGCCUCCCGCGUCGCUUCCAAGCGCGUCGUCGCUCCCGCCACCCAGAGCGUCCGCACUUUCAAGACGGUUCAGUCCCAGCAGAACGCUGAGGAGAUCAAGGCUGGCAAGGUUCUUACCGUUACCUACAAGGAUGGUGUGAGGCAAGAGGUUGAACUUCCCGUUCAGGAGACUUCAGGUCCCGUCGCUCCCCCUGGCGCCGACGACAAGAAGCCCGCGGUCCCUCUCGCCAAGAGCGUCUUCGACCAGCUCAACUCCACCAUGUCCAAGUUCACUCUCCCCGGCAAGGUCGCCGUCGUCACUGGCGGUGGUCGUGGUCUCGGUUUCAACAUGGCCCAGGCUCUGGCUGAGGUCGGCGUCCGCGGCAUUGCCAUUAUGGAUGUCCAGCAGAAGAUCGGCGAGGAGGCUGCCCGCGAGCUCUCCGAGCAGACUGGUGUUGAUGCCCGUUUCUACCAGGUCGAUGUCCGUGACGGCGGCGCCAUCUCUCAGGCCGUCAACGACAUCGUCGACCACUACGGCCAGAUCGAUGUUCUCCUGAACUCUGCUGGUAUCGCCGACUCGAACAUCAAGGCUGAGACCUACGACACUGAGAUGUUCCGCCGCCUCGUCGAUAUCAACUUGACCGGUGCCUUCCUCGUUGCCCAGGCCGUUGGCAAGCACAUGAUCGCCUCCAAGAACGGCGGCAGCAUCGUCAUGGUCGCCUCCAUGUCUGGCUCGAUCGUCAACUACCCCCAGGAGCAGUCUUGCUACAACGCUUCCAAGGCCGGUGUCGUCCAGCUCACCAAGUCGCUCGCCACCGAGUGGGCCCGCCACGGCAUUCGUGUCAACUCCAUCUCCCCUGGCUACAUGGACACUGCCCUCAACCGCGUCCCCGCCCUCGACGCCCAGAAGAAGAUCUGGAUCGAGAACACUCCCCAGAAGCGCCUCGGUGCCGUUGACGACCUCAACAACUUGGCCGUCUACCUCUCUUCGCCCGCCUCUGCUUUCAUGACCGGCUCCAACUGCAUCAUCGACGGUGGCUACACCCUGUGGUAA